UACUAAUGUGACACAAUUGUAAUUUAAAGUGGGAGUUAUUUUGGAAUCAUAGGAAUCUAUAUAGAAAAUUAUUAGACAAACUUGCAGGUUAUAACUGACUGAGAAUGAGCCAUGCCAUGACUGCAUUUCGUGUUGAUAUGCAAAAAAAUUCAAUGCAGAGGAUUUCUAGCGUGUGGGGAACUAACCUGCUUGCAUCAUGGAAUAACUGCUACAUGAUGACCUUCACCUUCACAUGUUUUACUGAACAUAGAUAAUAAUAGCUCGUACCAUAGUGCCAAACAUCAUUAUUCAUAAGAAAAUCAUGUUGGUGUUUAGAUUACUUAAUUUAAAAAGAUUGCUAUUUGGUGUCAUUGACUGUGAUAGAUUUUUGUACGUUGGAAUUGCAGUGCUUCCUGCAAGAUAACAAUAACACAUAUUUAAUACUUGCAAGUAACAGUGGAAUAAUAUCCUGUCAGAGCCUAGUCAGUAAGCAAAUAAGGCAGUCAAUAUUAUCCAUAUUUAUUAGUUACCACCAACAUGUCUUCAAUUACACGGUCUUCGGAAAUAUCGGAAAGCGAGAGUAACUUAAGCAGUUCAGUGCCAAACAAGAUGGACCGAGCCGCGUCCUUUCACGGCUGCAUUGCUGGUUUCUUGUCCAGCAUUCAAAUUGAACCCCUUUGCUUGCUGUUUGCAAUGGGUGACAGCAUUCUUAUAAUGGUAGUGCAAACCUAUUACAUUGACCGAAUUUGCCUCAUUACCAAAGGAUACGAUCCAUUCGUGUGCCAAAAUUUAACACACUAUCCAGUCGAAGAAAAAGACGUGGAAAAAGACGUAUCCGAACUGUCAAUGUAUCAAACCUUAAUACAGAGUGGAUUUCCGCUGAUCAUGGCAUUGUUUUUGGUUGGGCCACUAACAGACAAAUACGGAUACAAACCUUUAAUGCUUUACUCACUUUGUGGAUAUAUCUUAUACAUCGUUACAAUUAUUUCUUGUUAUUUCAUACCCAUGUUGCCACCCACGUAUUUGCUGCUGGCGUCUAUCCCAAUUGCUCUAUCUGGGGGCGUUGUUACGCUAAAUAUUAGUAUUUACGGAUAUAUGGCGAGCCAAACUAAUAUUGAAAACAGGAGCUAUCGACUCGCUAUCAUCACAGCCACUUGGGAUAUUGGAACUGUCUUUGGAUAUGUUUUUGGCUCCGCUAUUUUCCAACGAGGGGGUUUCCUCGCUAUCUUUUUGUUCAUUUUUGUGUUUUACACUCUCUCCGCUUUAUACGCGUUGAUUUGUGUCAAAGAAAUGAAGCCGGAAGAAUUACUUGGAAGCAGCAGCACUUCUGGUCGUGCGACAAGAUCGCCAGUAUCCUCAUGGGUCGCAUGCAUUUUUGGUCCAAUCAAGGAAAUAUUGCAAAUUACAUUCAAGUCGCGUCCUGGUCAUAAAAGAAAAUCAAUCCUUUUAAUAGCGGCGGCCACCAGCCUAACAUUUAUGGCAUUUUCAUCCAAAAUGAAUCAAUACCUAUUUGUGAGAAACAAAUUUGGCUGGGAUGCAGAUAAAUAUUCGCAAUUCGCAGCAAUCAAUACCUGUUUAAGUGGACUAGGAGGAUUGAUUCUUAUUUCGCUCUUCAUGAAACUGUUACAAUUUCGAGAUGUCAAUAUUUUGCUUAUCAACGGAAUAAGCAACUUAUCAGCAUAUUCGAUAUUUGCAAGUGCACAAAAUGAGUGGCAAAUGUUUCUAGGAUCUGGAGUCCAGAUGUUUGGAACAACAACCACUUCAAUUUUCAAGUCCAUGCUAUCAAAAUGUGCUCAUAAAGAUGAGUAUGGAAAAGUUUUGAGUUUCGUGAUAUGCACUGAGUUGAGCUUGCCCUUUAUUUCUGGACCGAUGUACAAUUUUAUAUAUGUUCAAACGGUGGCAUCUCUUCCUGGGACAAUCUUCUGGGUGGCAGCCGGAUUUACUGCGAUCGUGAUUAGUUUGUGUGGUGUCCUUCAUAUCUUAAGUACAAAUACUGAGGAAUACACCUUUGUAAUUGAUGAUGACGAGAGUAUACGAUGAGCGAUGGAAUAAGGUGCACAUAAAAAUUCAAAAACAUCUGCCAGUAAAGAAGAUUACUUAUUCUGAUUCUGUGCAUGUCUGACUUUACUUAUGGCUGUAGUAUGUCUCAAUAAUAUGUAUGUUUAAGUCUUCGACCAGUUGAUAUUCAGCAUUCAUCCUCUGCUUUCAACUUUCAAGCUGGAACACGAAACCUUUCAAAAUGAAGUUAAAUUUGUUAAUUUUAUACGUUUUAUACAUAAGUGUGCAAUUCAAAACGUGCAGUUGUAAACCUACAAGUUCACCAAAAAUUCAAGAUUCUACCGCAACCACUGAGCUCACUCCGGAAGGGAAAACUCAACCACCAUGGUUAAGGUUUCUAAAAAAUAAAAAGACGACUUUGGCACCAGGCACAGAUUCUGGGCCAUCGUCCGCUCCAGCCAAAAAAGGAUGGAAGGAAGGCAACAAGGGCGUCAACUCGGAAAGGGCAGUCGAUGAAGCGUCAAACAAUGGAUUCCCAGAGCCAGCACCUCAACUCAGCGAGAUGGAUCAGUUGGCCAAUUGGUUGGGAAUUUAUCUACAACCAUCCAGGAACAUUUUGGCGCAAGAUAGGCAACAAAACCCCUAUAGCUUGUACGAUGAAAUGUAUUUGGACUGGAUGAAAAGAGACUUGGGAAGCGCACCAGGUGAACUUUCUGGCAGCAAUAAUUAUGGCUCUGGGGACGUUGCCGUCAAUCCUCUUCAGAAUCCAUGGCUUGCAGCGCCACAGCCACCUUUAGAAGUCGUCGCCGCUGCACCACCACAGCAGCCUCUUACCUACGGCUACCCCGCAGUUUCCUGGCCCUAUGGAAUUGGUUACAGCCCUUUCUUCCCAUCCCUGGCUGGACUCAAAUUGCAAAAGGUCAUGGCUCAGGCCCAAGUUGAUGCUGCACUUGCUGCCCUCAACAUUACAACAACACCGAAACCACUGAAACUCAAACUGAAAAUUACAGUGCCAGGGAAUACGGACAUGACGCAAUUAGGUCAGAUGACGGCAGGAUUUGCAAGCUCUCUCCCAGUUGGGAGCACUUAUGAAGUGGUCUAGGUAUUUGGAGACUUGUAAAAAUUCGAAAACUCCUAAAACAACUGUAAAAAUAUUUAUGUAGGGAACGUCCAUAAAUUAUUUCAGGCAAAAAUGCUGAUUUUUUAAACCCACGCGUUACACCCCCUUUUAACACGUGGCUCAAAUCGGUCUGUCAUGUAAAACUUUUACCCUCCCACCCCCCGCAGCCGUGACAUAAUUUAUGACAUCCUCGUAUUUGGAAGAAUUGCAUUUUUAAUAAAAACAAUGUGUACCUAUUUGAAACAAUUA